CAUACAGGCGUGAAUCAGCUUGGUGGUGUAUUUGUCAAUGGACGUCCUUUACCCGACCACAUACGUAAUCGUAUUGUCGAGUUAGCGCAUCAAGGCGUACGGCCCUGCGAUAUUUCCAGGCAGUUACGUGUAUCUCAUGGAUGUGUUUCCAAGAUUCUGGGUCGUUACUAUGAAACUGGAUCAAUACGACCCGGUGUUAUCGGCGGUUCCAAACCAAAAGUAGCGACACCCAAAGUGGUGCAAACAAUUGCUGCAUAUAAAAAAGCAAAUCCGACAAUGUUCGCUUGGGAAAUUCGUGAAAAGCUUCUCGAGGUUACUGCCGUAAUAUUUCAAAAACAAAAAGAAGAAGAAGAAAAAAAAAUAAGAACAAAAAGACAAAAAAAGCAGCAAUAA